UUAAGAUUUAUUACCUUAGUUGAGUUUUGCAUUAAAAACUAACCGCUUGUGGUGCUUUCUGCCUAGAAUAUUGGUUUGGAAAAGACGACUGUGUUGUUAUGUGGUUUAGAGAACUCACUGACUUAGCGCAAGUGGAAUUGUGUCGUUAACAGACUCGAUUAGAACUAACUUAAGAAACUGCGUUGUUGUUUAGAGACUUGGAUUCAAUCUGAAUUAAACACCUGUGGAUUAUUGUUUUGUUUUUUUGUUUUUACACAUUUCAAUUUAAAUGUACUUAAGCGCCGUUGCUGUUUUGUUGUUAAAAUACUAAUUGUAUGAAAUCUUAACUUAAGAAAUGUGGAUGAAUGCUGUUUACAGACUGAGGUAGACUGGAAAUGGAGGAUCCAGAAACAACAGGGACUACAGACGACAACACUGACGUCAGAUAUACAAAAAUGGAGAGAGGACUAGUUCAGACAACUGGAAGUUACUUCAGCAUGUCUUCCGGUUCGCUCCCCUCCCACAUUCGAUCUGUGAGCCCGCGACAGCAAAUGGAACUUACGCUGGAGAAAGAUGUUCGCAAACCACGGACGUGUUGUAACGCGCGUACAGUCUACAUAGCGUUAAUCACAAUAUUUGUGUUGACGUCAUCCGUUGUUGUGGCGAUUGCGGUCUACGAAAUAAGGGUCAUACAGACAUCGUCGAGGUCUCAAAAGCUGAAGAACCAUGUCCUUCCAUUUCAAUCAGAACCAGAAGUCGGACACUCUCCACCCACAGAUGUUGCGCAUGUGGAAGCCGCAGCACUGUCGCCACUACCUUCGAUCACUUCCGGUCUCCAUUUCGGAAAAACUGCGGAACAGGGUGGACGGACGCCUUGUAAUCAAAUAUGUUCAUCUUAUCGCAGCGAUCGGUUCCAGGCGACGUGUCACAAUGGUCAUUGCGAGUGUUUUGGAGAGGAUUAUCAACGGGACACGUGCUUACCUGACGUUGACGGAUGCAAAAUCCAGAUGUCUCCAAGUUCUAAAAUGAUUUCCAUAUGGGGUUCCCCAGCAGAUAAGUUGUCAUGUACAAAUGUGACGUCACCAAAUACGUCAUCAGACUCAAUUUACGUAAUCGGGAUAUAUGGAAACCAUUUCUCAGACAAAACUGACAUUCAUAUAAGCGGGAGCUCUGAGAAACCCAUAACUCUUGUAUUGGCCAGCCAUUACCCGGUAAGGUGGGGCUUGGACACUGGGAGGAUUAAGGUUGCACGAGUUAUUCUGCUUGCAGAGGACAAACUAUCAUUCAGUAAAUUAGACAGAUUUGAAGAAAAGUCGUCCCAUCAAACACGCAUUGAAACAUAUAUACAACCGAUCGGCUACGGAGAUGACCGACACCACUCGAACACUCCCGAAAUGUUACGGAAAAUUACGGAAACAUUCGGGCCUGUGAAACAUUUUACUGGAGCUUUAUAUGCGGACACGAUUCAUAUAAACGUCAUGUGAUAUAUUAUCAUAUAGAAUGGGUUAUUAUUUAUUAACAUUAAGUAUUAUAUUUUAGCUCUUCAUGUUGCAAGAGACGAUACAGGCAAUUAUAGCAGGGCCCGUAACUCUGGCCUUUUUCAUAGUAGCGUUCUUCUCGAUUUUCAAUAUAAACACAUCCGUAUUGCUUGUUAUGCAGUGAUAUUGUAUAAGA